ACAGGGAACUGUGCGCUAGUUGCAUCACUCUACGUGCGGUACCGGUAAGCAACAUUAUCAUGUCGUACGUGCGGAGAACAGCACCUGGAUCCCUCCUCAAGUAGUGCGCCUCGAUGCCAGAAGAAAGCAAAUCUCGAAACCUACGGAAACGCGAUCAUCCCACACUACGGUCGACUCGCCGUCGCGUAGUACGUGCAUUGUGCAUUGUGUUGUAUAAUAAUUAUACGUGUGCAACAAGAAGAAGUCUCGCUCGAGAAGACUUUUUUCACCGACAGCAUUGAUAGACGAUGCGCGGAGAGUCUUUUUAUGAGAAUUCGAUCGAGGAAGAAAAUAAUUACUCGUCAGGAGAGCGAACAAACAACUGAUCUCGAGAACAAGACCAGCACCGGCGUUGGCGAGCCGAGGAAGGAUUGCCAGGUCGAUACCGGAAGAGACUCGAAGGAUCAGCAGAUCGCCAAGAAGAUCGAUGCCGAGGAUAUGCCGGAGCUGAAGGAUAAUCAGGAGUUCCUGGAGGACGAACAGGUUAGCCUGGACCUCAGCGAACCGCCGCCGGAAAUUCUGGAGUACGCCAGACGUGAACUCGGGGAGACGGAUGAGGUCAAGUGUCAGAUGCUGCAGGAAUUCCGCGACAUGAUCUACGAGAGAGGUGAAUGUUUGCCGCAUAGGAUGGAUGAUAAUUUCCUCCUCAGAUUUCUUCGUGCCAGGAACUAUAAUUUGAAGAGCGCGCAUAGGCUGAUAGUAAACUACUACAACUUCAAAGGGGAACACCCAGAGAUCUAUCAGCAGAUGGAGAUAGAGCAAAUAAAGAUCUUAGGUGACGACGAUGUGAUGACGGUGCCGCCCUAUAGGACCCAGUGUGGCAGACGUAUAAUAAUCUACCGCGUGGGCAAUUGGGACCCGAGGAAAUAUCCUGUCGAGGAGCUCUUCAAGGCCACGGUCAGCGUGCUCGAGUUUGGCCUGCUGGAGCCUACGGCACAAAUUCUGGGUGGCUCCGUCAUUUUCGACUUUAAGAACAUCACUAUGGCUCACGCGUGGACUGUGACGCCUCAGGUGGCAAGUAUGAUGCUGUCCCUGAUGGUGACCUCGUUUCCUAUCAAGACACACGCAAUACACAUUCUCCAUCAGUCGUGGGUCUUCGACGCGAUUUUCGCAGUUUUCAAACCGCUUCUCGAUACCAACAUGCGUAACAAGAUAUUCUUCCACGGGAGCGACUAUGAGAGCCUCCACGAGCACAUCUUGCCCACGCACCUGCCGAAAAUGUACGGCGGCAUAAGAAACGAGUUACCUUACUACAAGUGGAUCCAGGCUCUGAUCAAAAACCCAAAGAUCAUCGAAGAGAUGAACAAGAUGGGAUACAUCCUGACCGACGAGAUGCGCGAGGACUUCGCGAGGCUGAAGUGAAAGCAUGAGAAUGGAGUCUCCUUCAGCAUGUAUACUUCGGAAUUGCAUAAUCUUCUAUAUGUUACCGCAGCGCUUAUUAGCUCGCCCGUCCUUAUUCGCUAUUUGCUAUCCACGUUUCUUAACCGCCGAUUAAAGAUUAAGUGUACUGAAUGCGCUUCGCGCGUAGUAAGAUCUCCCCGAUGGAUUUAAAUCGACUCUAGAUCGCAGGAUAAAAUAAACUCUUUAUGUUAUUUAUAUAUAUAUUCGAUAUUACGUGUAUCUUGGUAACUAAGUCUUUUUAAAUAAAAACUUUCGCUAUAAUUAGAUGGACGAUCGAUCACCCGUAUCAAGUUGGAUGUUACUCGGUAUUCGUGCAAUGUAUCGCACGAACGCAUGUACCUGGCGAUCCUUCAAUGACAGCCUAAUAACGCAACGCCCGCGAUAAGGAUCGUUACGUUUCUCUGCUCGUUUUUAUUUGAUGAACCUGAUGCUAUUCUGGUCGCAUGCCGAGUCACUUCAUCGACAGGGUUGAUUUCCUUUCCGCAAUCGAUCGACUAUCAAGAAACGAUUCAUCCAUUCUCCAUUGUUGGCUUCGCGCGAAAGUUUGUAGGUUUAAUGCACAUUGCAACGCACCGGUUAAUCGAAGAUCAGACGCGCUUGCUCUUCCUUCCUUUUGCAACGAACCGUAAAGAUCAGUUGGAUCCACAUGUUUUAUAAAAACAAGCGAAGCGAUAAUACAACUCCGAUAAAGUGUCGCGAGUAAUCUGCUGCAGUAACAUGAAAAUCGUGACACGAUUAAGAGUAAAUGAAGAUGUAAAAAGGUAAUGAUCCAUGUAUUGAUUUAAUAAGAUCAAUUAAUGAGAAUUCAGUGUAAACAUCGAGUAGUUUUUAUAAUCAAUACUACGAGGAACAACAAGAUAAUUGCAGUAAAUAAUGUUUAUUUAACUGCUUGCAUUGUUGCAUUUUGAAACAGGUUUCUGAAAAGUAAUUGAAUAUGGAAAUCAUACCGAUGCGCACAGCGUAAAGUAAUCAUUAACGAACGGUACGUCUUGAUAAACGAAGCCUACUAUUUAAGACUGUAACAGCCGUAAAUGUAAUUGAAAUAAGAGUUAGUGCACAUCUGAAGUAAAAGUAGCUUUCUUCAAAACCGCAAUAAUCUUGGAAGCAUUAAAAAACAUAUGAAAC